UGGUCUGAUUGGUGGAGCUCGCGGUGCCGCCUUUCGAGUCUCACGGAGCGUCGCGCGGUCGCACGGAUCCGCAGUUCGCAUUCGGAGGCCUUGCGAGCUACAUCUUUUCGAGAAGAAAAAGAAAGAUUGGACGGGUUCAUCAAAUUUCCCCCUCCACGGGAAUCGCGAUAAAGAGUCUUCGAUUCGAAAAAGUGCCAAGUUUCUCUCGCAAAUACUCUUUCUCCGUCGCUGGUACACUACGACACAUACACACACGCACGCACACGUACACGUACACGUACAGGGUCACACAACCCAUAUAUACGUAAUCGUCUUUCGUUUUCACGGUGAUCUCUACACGUGACACAAACUGAGCAUCGAAGAGGCUCCAAGGCGAAAGAGCGGCGUGUUGUUGCUUGCUGUUCGAAGCGAGAGGAGAUAUUCGUCGAUCGUUCGAAUUUCUUUGUCAGCCUGUUUGUACGCUGAGAGAAUCGAAACGGGUGUGCUUCCAAUGUAAAUCCACAAGAACGUAUCGUCGGAGUGGCAGUUUUUGUGUUCUCAAAGUUGAUACGUACAACCGCGGUUUCUUCUUAACUAUUAACCGGCUACCGUGCUACGACACGCACGCUGUUCUGCUCUGAAAGAAGAAGAAGGCUAGUCACGGCCGGAUCGCGACUACGUUAUAACCUAACUCCAGUGUGUUUUUGUGCGAAAACGAGGGAAAAUGUCGACUGCCGUCAUGAGCACCCCUAUGUUCGUCGAGUGUAGCGAGCACUUAUUUAAGAAAAAUGGCCACAUUCUUCCUGAUUUUUCCACUUACGCGCGUUUUAUACGAACAAACCAGAACGGUCCCGCAAAGGCGAAGGAGCCAACCUCGACAUCAACGACGAGUACCUCGGGCAACGGUUCAGCCGGGAAUAAUGGCGGACACGCGCCUCUUCGCCGUAGCUACACGUCCCUGGUAACAACCCUGAUCGAACAACAUCGUAAACUAGAUCGCAGCGCGAGCGAGCCAACGUCUCGUUAUAAAACGGAGCUGUGCAGGCCAUUCGAGGAAAGCGGCACCUGCAAAUAUGGCGACAAGUGUCAGUUCGCUCACGGUUACAGCGAGCUACGGAAUCUCGCCCGGCAUCCGAAAUACAAGACCGAGCUGUGCCGCACGUUCCACACGAUCGGUUUCUGUCCGUACGGACCCCGUUGCCAUUUCAUUCACAACUUCGAGGAGGCUCGAAUUCACAAUCAAAAAGUGAGCGCGCAACUAGGAUCCACGCAACCGAACAUACUGGGCUUGAAUCCUAUUCUAAGCGCGGCAGCACCCAACCUCAUGAGAGCCAAUUCCUUGAGCCUGUGUAGUACCACCAAUGCCUACAAUCCACCGCCAUUGCUCAGAACCAACUCGUUGAGCCUAACGACUAGCCAACACCACCACCACCACCACCACCAUCAUCAUCAUCAUCAGACUAGCUCGACGACCGUUAGCUCGUCGGUGAUCGGCGCCACCAGGCCCAAGCCGACCUUUUCUCUCGGCAGUACCGGAGACUCGGUUUCUCCGUCGUCCAGCCUCAGUCAGUCGCCGACCAACUCUAUGGCGAGUUUCUUCGGCGACGACAGCAAUCAGCAACCGUCCGUUACCUCGCCGUUCAGCUUCGGCCAGGAUUUCGGGCUCCUUGCCACGAGACGAAGUCCCAGUCCUCGAACCAACAGCGUGUGCAGUCCUUUGAGCACCGAGGAGCCCACGCCGAGAACACCGUCCCCGCUCUCACCGAACGCCGAGUCCAGACUGCCAGUUUUCAACAGGAUCAGCAACACCCUCGCCGACUUUGAGAAUCUUAAGAUCUAAGGGAAAUCUCCUCUGGGUCCUUCGACUUCCUUUG